AUGGUCGAGAAGCUCUACGUCACAUACAACGAUGUGCACAAAAUGUGCCAAAAGUCCGCUGAGAAGCUUCUCGCAGACUUCCAGCCCCAGCUUCUGAUCGCCAUCGGUGGCGGUGGUUAUGUUCCCGCUCGAAUUCUCCGAUCUUUUCUCAAGAGAGCCGGCUCUCCCAACAUCCCCAUCCAGGCCAUCGGUCUCUCCCUCUAUGAGUCUCUCGGCAACGAUGAGGUCGAGGCCCCCGGUACAAAGGUCACCCGAACACAGUGGCUCGACUUGACCGCUCUCGGCGAGAUGCAGAACCUCGUCGGAAAGCGAAUCCUUAUCGUUGACGAGGUCGACGAUACCCGAACAACCCUCGAGUACGCUGUCAAGGAGCUUGAGAAGGAUGUUGAGAUUGCUCGUCAGCGAAUGGGCGCGGAUGCUCCCGCUCCCAAGACCGAGUUCAGCAUCUUUGUCCUCCACAACAAGGACAAGCCCAAGAAGGGAAAGCUCCCCGAUGAUAUGCUUGCCACCCGUUACUCUGCUGCCGAGACCGUCGGCGACGUCUGGAUCAACUACCCCUGGGAGGCCAUCGACAUCGACGAGCAUGACAGGAACGCCAGCCUGCAGACCAAGAGCAACUAA